GCGAAAAAGGAUGACAUUCUUAAAGAGAAAGUCACUUCGAGCAGGAUUUGUGAUUUUAUUUAUUGUAUCUGUUUUGUUAUUACUCUACAUAUCUGACCUGCUUCCUUUCGGGGCAAAAUGGGACGACGGAAAGGGGCAGGAGAGGGAAGUCCUUCCAUCUAUCCAGGAAAUGCAUUCUAUGUCACAUGCAGAACUCGCCCUUUUGUAUCAUAAGUACAUCAACACUGUGCAGGUGCUAUGUAAGAGGAUAGUGCGCAUCGGGAAUCUGGGAGAAGGGGGCUGGGAGGUGUGUGAGGAUCCUGAUGUCAAGCCAUCCAGACCAUGUCUCGUGUACUCAUUCGGGAUCAACAAUGAUUUUAGCUUUGAUGAUAUGGCAGCUGACAGAUACGGAUGUGAUGUUUACUCCUUUGAUCCAAGUAUGAACAAAUACCCAGAAGGCUCUAGAGGCACUAGGAAGUGGUUCUACCAGACAGGGCUCUUUGAGACAACAGAGAAAUUCCAGAAUGGCUGGCAGGUCAGCACUCUACAAGACCUCUUAAAGAAACACAACCAUGAGCAGGACAAACUAGAUGUUUUGAAGAUAGACAUUGAGAAGUAUGAGUGGCUUUCAUUGACACAAAUAUAUGAAAAUGGUGGAUUGAAAAAUGUGAAACAAUUAAUUGUAGAAUUUCACAUAACAAUAAUGUCUGGAGACCCAGAAAAACUGGAGUACAUACAGGGUUUAGGCAUUUUAAAAAUGCUGUAUGAUAAUGGAUUUAAGAUUUUUUACUCUCACAGAAAUAUGUGGUGCAAAUUUCAAUCUGAGAUACAGCAUGUUGAUGAUGCUGGUUGCCAUGAAGUGUCAUUCAUUUACAUUCCAUAGUGUACACAUGCAUCUAUGUUAUCAUCCAUUAUAAAUGGUUGUGUAGCUAUUAGUAUCAUCAUGAUUGUGUAUAAAAGUCUUCCAUAUAAAAAUGAUAUAUAUAAAACAAUAUAUAGCUUAUUCAAGAAAUGGUACAGACCACUGAGGGCCUCCUUGCAUUAUAGUGAGGUCCAUUCAAUGUUUGUAGGCUGACUUGGAGUUCGCUUUAAUGUCAGGAGGUCCAAAGUGGUCUGUACCAAUACUUAUAUGAUACCAUACUUCAUAGCCUGGAACUGAAAUAUAUUUUUUUACAUGAAAGAUGAUCUUAUUCUGUAAAACAAGCAGAUAUAAAUUCAGAUGACCGUGAUUGGUCAUUUUCUUGUAUAAGGCCUGCCAACUAUACAUGCAUGUUGAAGAUUAUACUGUUUAAAGGCCCCCUGUCACUUUUAUAAGAAAAGUUGGAAUAUAGUUAUGUAAAGUAUAAUAUCCUCACAUUCUAGAUAAUUCCAUUUUGUAACAGUUACUGGUAUGUUAUAAAGAAAAAUAUUAAAAGAAAAAAACAACAUAACAUGAAACGUCUUAAUGUUAUUUGAAUAAUGUUUAAUGGCUCAUUGAGAUCUUGUCUGGGAUAGCCCAUAAAAGUACACUAAACUUGUUUCCAAUGAUUUGAUUUUUAUUAAAAGCUCUAUUGGCCGAACUUUUGUCUGUGUGUCCGUCAGAGUGUAUGAAAACAAUUGCUUGUGAACGCGAUAAUGUCUUUAGAUUUUAUUGUAUCUGAAUCAAACUUAUAAAGUAGUUAGAUAUUCAUGAGAGUUUGGUUCCUUUUGAUAAUAUGGCCCUUGAAAUUAUUAGUAUUGCUUUUGUAGCAAAGUCUAAAAUUACAGCCUAAGAGAGACAACCAUUUUUCAGAUUGUCAGUUGUUGUUUUUUAUUUUAUUAUUUCUUACUUGUCUUUUUUGGAUGUACCGAUUGAUUGAUUUUCACUUGACUUCUACAGUAGUACUGACUAAAUAAUGGUUCUUUCUGGCAUGACUAGAUUAUGUACCUUGAAAUUGUCAAAAUAACCAUUAAAGUUACUAGCACAGUU